AUGUCUUGUAGGCUGAAACAAAUUGACUUUACCUUUCUUCAAUGCUUUCCACCUCUCCAACAAGUCCAUGCUCACUCACCCUAUUUCACACACAAACUCUCAUCUCUCUUGGAGUCUUCUACAUUCGCCAUUACUGUUCCUUCAAGCUUUUUCUUCUUCACUGCAACUUUCCACUUGCUGCUCUUCUUGUCGAUUCAAUUCAAAGUUCAUGUGGCUUCUUUAAACGAUGAAGGGUACACUCUUUUAACCUUCAAACAGUUGAUUACACAAGACCCAGAAGGAUCUUUAAACAACUGGAACUAUUCCGAUGAAACCCCUUGUUCAUGGAAUGGCAUUGCAUGCAAGGAACUAAAAGUAAUUUCCGUUAGUAUUCCCAAGAAAAAGCUUCUAGGGUUCAUAUCUCCUGUUCUUGGAUCUCUCUCUGAGCUCAGACAUGUUAAUUUGAGGAGCAAUAAGUUCAUGGGUAGUUUGCCUGUUGAGCUUUUCAGAGCCGAAAAGCUUCAAAGUUUGGUUCUAUACGGUAAUUCUUUAUCUGGGUCUCUCCCAGAUGAAAUCAGCAGACUUAGUUACCUCCAAACCCUAGAUUUAUCAAGUAAUUUCUUCAAUGGGUCGAUACCCAUUUCAUUGAUUCAAUGUAAGAGGUUAAGAAGUCUUGAUCUGAGCCAAAACAAUUUCACUGGUUCUCUCCCAAAUGGGUUUGGUUCCAAUUUGGGUUUUCUCGAACAACUUAACCUUUCGUUCAAUCGAUUCUCUGGUUCGAUCCCUAAAGAUUUUGGAAACUUGUCUAAUUUGCAAGGAACUGUCGAUUUAUCUCAUAAUUUCUUCAAUGGUUCAAUCCCAUCUAGCCUCGGUAAUCUUCCUGAAAAAGUUUACAUCGAUCUCACUUACAAUAACCUGACUGGUCCAAUUCCUCAAAACGGAGCUCUCGUCAACCGUGGCCCCACAGCGUUCAUCGGAAACACUGGAUUAUGUGGUCCGCCAUUAAAGAACCUCUGUUCUCCAAACGACGCAAGUUCACCGUCUUCAUUUCCAUACCUCCCUACCAACAAUCCUUCCGAUUCAUCUCCCGAAAAGGGUCGCAAAGGUUUGAGUAAAAGCGGUGUGAUUGCUAUAAUCGUUAGUGAUGUGAUCGGUAUUUGUCUCAUUGGUUUGAUCCUCUCCUAUUGUUACUCAAGAAUCUGUUUUUGUGGUAGAAAGAAACAUGGGAAUGAGAAAAAAGGUAAGGGAAGAAACGAGUGUUUGUGUUUCAGAAAAGACGAAUCAGAAACUUUAUCCGAGCAUGUCGAACAAUAUGAUCUUGUCGCAUUAGAUUCACAAUUAGGGUUUGAUUUAGAUGAGCUUUUAAAGGCUUCGGCUUUUGUUUUGGGAAAGAGUGGAAUUGGGAUUGUUUAUAAAGUUGUUCUUGAAGAUGGAGUUACUUUGGCUGUGAGAAGAUUGGGUGAAGGUGGUUCUCAAAGAUUUAAAGAAUUUCAAACGGAAGUUGAAGCAAUUGGGAAAAUCAAACAUCCGAAUAUCGUAACUUUGAAGGCUUACUAUUGGUCGGUUGAUGAGAAGUUGCUUAUCUAUGAUUAUAUCCCCAAUGGCAAUCUUGGCACGGCAAUUCAUGGGAAGUCCGGGGUUCCAUCUUUUGUGCCGCUUGCAUGGACCGCCCGUUUAAAGAUAAUGAGAGGAGCCGCCAAAGGUCUAGUCUACCUACAUGAGUUUAGUCCCAAAAAAUACGUCCAUGGUGACCUAAAACCAUCGAACAUUUUACUCGAUUCAAACAUGGAGGCCCAAAUCUCUGAUUUCGGCCUCAGCCGCCUCGCGAACAUAGCCGGAGGCGGCACACCGGCGGUCCAAUCCACCCGGGUGGUGUCAGAAGUCGCUUCUAACACUACCCCAACUGCAGCCACAUCUAAUACUUCGGCGACUCAGUAUCAAGCACCCGAAGCUUUCAAGGUGGUGAAACCUUCACAAAAAUGGGAUGUUUACUCUUUUGGGGUUGUGUUAUUGGAGAUGAUCACCGGAAAACCGCCAGUGGUGGCGGUGGGGGCGGAGGAGAUGGAUCUUGUUCAUUGGAUUCAGAUGUGUAUUGAAGAAAAAAAGCCGGUUUCAGAUGUUUUGGAUCCGGGGUUAGGGCAAGAUGUUGAUAAAGAAGAGGAGAUUAUAGCGGUUUUGAAGAUUGCGAUGGGGUGCACUCAAAGUAAUCCAGAAAGAAGACCAUCGAUGAGACAUGUCGCUGAGGUAUUGGAUAGAUUGGGUCAAGAUUGAAUGGAAAUGGGAAUGGUGGGAAGUGUUGGGUGAGUUUUGGAUAUUUGGAAAGUAAAAGGGUGUAUGGUGUAAAUUUGGUGAGGGUAACCAAAGUGAAAAGUGGAGAAUGUAUUAUUUUAUUUUGUUUCUUUGCUUGUUGUUCUUUUUCAUGCAAACAGUUGGAUGUUAAUUUUUUAAUGUAAAUUUUGGAAAACAUGUAAUUGUGUCAUAUUGGUCUUGGUAAUGGUGCUUCCAUUUUACUUUUGACUAAUGGUUUUUGUUUGUCUUCGAUUGUAACACUCAUUAAAAC